AUGCAAAAAGAAAUCAAAGUGGGAAAAGCAGAACUGACGGUAUGGGUAGAAAAACUGCUGAAGAGAACAAAUUUCGACUUUAAGAGCUUGAAAUAUGGAGAUAUUUACUUACAAUUAUUUGAGUGUAUAUGGCCCCAUGUAAUGAAAAAGUACAAGGGGUGUAUUCACAUAAACCCUUUAACAGAUAAAAAGAAAAAGAAAAAUUGGAAUAUCAUAAAUAAUGUGCUAAGUUGUGUAAAUAUUGAUAAAAGUUUUAUUAAUUAUGAACAAAUAGCGACAGAUAAUUUUAAAGAAUGUUACCAGUCAUUAAUAAUAUUAUAUUUUUUAUAUUCUCUAGUUGAACAUCAUGAAUGUGAUUUUAUUCUAACUUAUCCAAUUGACCAAAAGUUGACGGAUUUUAUGUCAAGUGAAGAUCCCUUAACAUGUUUAGUGAAAGCAGGUAGUGUGCAAUUUGAUGAAAAUAUUUUUGAAAAAAUAUCCAACUCAUUUAUCAAUACAAAAAAUGUAAUAAAAAUAGAUGAACAAGGAAAAAUCGAUUCUUUAAAAAUAAACAAAUUAACGAAUAAUUCUUGUUCAACGGGUGAACACAUUACAACAGAUUUUUAUAACCACGACGAUAAUUCUGAAUGGUGCAUAAAUAACUGCGAACAUAACUUUAGACGACAACUUAAUGAUUUGCAGCUAGCAGACCAAGAUGGUAAUACAAAGGCAAAAUAUUUACGUGUAAGAAAUGACCAGGGCAUUAGCCUAAAUCGCACAAAAAAUAGUAGUAGUAAUAGUAAUAGUAGUAAAAGUAAUAGUAGUAAUAGUAAUAGUAGUAAUAGCAAUAGUAGUAAUAGCAAUAGUAGUAAUAGCAAUAGUAGUAAUAACAAUAGUAGUAAUAAUAAUAGUAAUAGUAACAUCAAUAGUAACAGCAAGAGUAACAUCAAUAGUAACAGCAAGAGUAACAUCAAUAGUAACAGCAAGAGUAACAUCAAUAGUAACAGCAAGAGUAACAGCAAUAAUGACGUAAGUACAGUACGCAGUUCUAAUUAUGUGCAAGAUAUCCCGUCCCAUUUUCGUAACACGCCUCUCUACAGAAGCCACAGCGGAAGUAGUCGCUACAUGAUCAGCGAACAUAGCAAAAGUAACAACAGUACGACUGAUAAAAGCAACUGCAUACCAUCACACAGAGAUAUGCUCUGUUUAUCUAAAAAUAAUAAUUAUAAUUUAGAAAUGAAGAAAAAAAGCAUCUCAAACAAUUUAAGCGAAGUUUGUACAACCCCAAGCAGUAUUUUUUUUAAAUAUUUUAAUAUGAACAAAGAUGAGAGUUAUGAUCAACCAAAUGAUAUAAAUGAUUAUGAGAAAAAAAAUUUAUCUGUUCCUCAUUUAACUUUGCAUAAAUUUACGAAUGAAGUUAAGAAGAACAACAUACAUAAGGAUGAUAAGGAGAUUAAUCUGAAUGGUACAAAUCCAAAAGUAGAUGCAUCCACACAAACGUGUGAAGAUAGUAUAUCAAAUUUUUUACUGAAUGAUGAGAGCGAUAAAAAUUUAGAAUUCAUCUGGAAUAAUGAACGUCAAAAAAUAAAAGGAGAUUCACUUAUUUACUUUUUAAAAACGCAAAUAAAAAUGUAUAAAAAGGAAUUAUAUUUAAAAAAAGAAGAGGUACAAUUAACAAAAAAGGUGCACGAAAAAGAGAUCAAUAACAUUAAUGAACUACACAACAAAGAAUUAACAACACUUAAGGACAAAUACGAAACAGAUAUAUUUUAUUUAAAACAACAAUAUUUAGAAAAUAUUAUCACGGUCAGAAAAAAUUUUGAAGUAAAGUUAAAUCAUAUAGAAGAAGAUUUAUUACUAAAUUUAGACAUCCUAAAUUGUGAAAAUAAAAAUUCCAGCAUGUAUAAUGAGCGUGAUAAUAUAAAGAUCAAAAGGUGUACACAAUGGUUACAAUCAGAGGAGUCAAUCUAUAAUCUAGAUAGAAAAGAAUCUACCUUUGGAAGCGCCGAAGAUGUUAAUAUCUUGUCCUAUAACAAACAUAGUGAACAUCUGAGCAAUACAGAACAGCUGAACAAUACAGAACAGCUGAGCAAUACAGAACAGCUGAGCAAUACAGAACAGCUGAGCAAUACAGAACAGCUGAGUAAUACAGAACAGCUGAGUAAUACAGAACAGCUGAGUAAUACAAAACAGCUGAGUAAUACAAAACAACAUGGAUAUAUAAUAAAAGAAGAAAACUACAAUAAUGAUAUGCCAAAAAAGAAAACCUUCUUAAAUUUCAAAUCUAUAUACGAGCAGGACAAACCAUGUCAAAUCAGUAAAAUAGAGGAAGAAAUAAAUGUAGAGGAUAAAACAACUAUUCAUCCAAACACAGUCGUGGAAGCAAAUAUUAUAAAUAGAACAAAAGAAACGCAAUUAUGCAAUAACAAUCACAACAUGAACAAACAUAUUCAAGCUUCUAUUGAAAAAAUAAAAUAUGUAUUAAAUGAAAAUAAUAGGGAACACGCUUUAAACAAUGAAUAUAUAAAAAAGGAAAUCUUCAAUAUAAGGUCAAUGCUAAAUGAUAUCUCGUUACAAAACGAAGAAAAAUUUAAUCACAGAAAAUGGAGCAGUGAAGUUUCUAGUCAAAUGGUGGAAUGGAUUGAAAGUAAGGCGGGAAGUGACAUAGGGAAUUUAACGGGAAAUGAGAAAGGGAAUACUAUGCAAAAAAGUGUGCAAUGUGGAAGUAGAAAGGAAGGUUUGCUUAAAAAUCUUGCUUAUAUAGAAAAAAUUCAAAAUAAGGUUUAUGCCUUAAUUCGAAGCAAAAAAACUGAUAGUAUGGCGGAUGAGGAAAUUACAAAUAUUUUAGACAAGAGUUCACUAGUUUGUUUAAUAGUUUAUGUAGUCUCCUUAUUGAAUUUAGAAAAAACCAAAAAUGAACUUUUGAAAAUACAAAAGGAAAGAAAUGUUUUUAUAGCAGAUUAUAUGAAAAACGAAAGAGAAAAAAAGGAACUGAUGGAAAAAGAGGAACUUAUAGAAAAAAAGGAAUUGAUGGAAGAAGAGGAACUGAUAAAUAAGGAAAAUGUUGAAAAAUAUCUGGAGCAUAAGAACAACAAAGGGCGUGUAAAUAACUUGUCUGAUGAAAUCCCCAGCAACGAAAUAAAAAAAUUCGAAAAAGCAAUACAAGUAGAAGAAAAGAUAGAAAAGUUAGAAGAAAAGAACAAAAAAUUACUACUUAUUAAUGAAUACUAUAAAAAAAAGUUAGAACAUAUAGAAAUAUGGAAAGGUGCUCUACAAAAUUUGCGCCGAAAGUAUGCACAGAUUAGCGGCUAUAUUAGCAACUACAACAACAGUGGCAGUGACAACAUCUGUAGUAGCAACAUUUCCAGAAAAUUUCCUAAUUUUACGCAAAUUCAAAAAAUAGAUGAUCCACAAAGAGAUCCCAUUGAUCCUCCUUUUAUUAUAUGGUUUCCACAAUUCUAUCUGAACUCCUUUGAGGAGAAAAAGGAAGAUGAAAGGGAUGCACAGUUAAUGUAUCUUUUAAAAAAGCUAGGUAGAUGUGACAAUGAGAAUAACUUAACUAUUUUCGAAAAUAAUGAUUCCCUUUAUCGUAGUCCUAGUAACCUAUUAUCAUACUAUUAUAACGCAGAGGAAAAUAAUAAAUAUAGUAGUUUCCUAACUAACAAUGAGCAAUCGGGUUUUUACAUAAAAAAAGAAAUGAAGCCUAUAACCAGAGUUAAUGGAGAAAUAUGUUCAACACACAAACACUCAUGUUGUCUCUUGAAUAAAGUAGACCUUCAUACAAAAGCAGGAACAAAUGACAAACUCAGUCAACUUAACCAAAGCAACACUAGUAGGAGAGACUUUCAAAAAAACUUAAAAAACGAACUGACGCAUAUUUUUUGGCAAAUUUUAGGGGAUAUUUACAAAUACAGAAAUAUUAUACAAGAGGCAUGCGAGUACAUUUACAAAAUGAAGAAGAUGUUAAAUGAAUAUGUUUCAAAGAACGAACAAAUGGCAAAAGAACAGAAACAAAUGUUUGAUAUUUGUUGUAAAAAUAAGGAAAAUAUUUACUUGUCAGAAAAAUAUAAUUUACGAAAAAUGUUAGGACUUGCUAAAUUGAACAUGGAAGUGUAUAAAGAUAAAUAUACUCAAAUGAAGGAAGAAUACAAAAAGGAAAAAAAAAAAAUACGCUUGUUAACUAAUUCUUACUAUGAAAAUGAAAGUACCAAAUAUAAAAUUACCAUCCAGAAAUUUAGACAAGUAGAUGAUAAUUUAAAAAUAUAUAAAGCUAGGGAAAAGAAAUGGAAAAAGCUGGUAAAAUUGUUAGCAGCAGAGUUAACAAAUUCGUUAGUGAACAAUCAAGGUGAUAUAAAAAAUAUGAACAAUCAAGGUGAUAUAAAAAAUAUGAACAAUCAAGAUGAUAUAAAAAGUGUGUGGAUUGAAAUUACUGCAAUCAGCCAAAAAAAAGGAUCGAAAAGCUUCGACAAAACAAGUUAUCAAAGGGUGAACAUACAUGAUGAUUACGAUUAUUCCGAGUUAAAUAAUAACACGAAUGACAUUGUUCAAAUCAAGGACAAAUCUAGUGGAGUAGAAAAAGAAAAAAAAAAAACAAACAAACAAACAAAUUCUUCAACCAAUGCUCAAGAACCAGAACUAAACAAGAUAAGGAAGGUCAGUAAUACACAUAUGAAUAAAAAAAAAAUUCUAAGUGACAAAACUUGUUCUGCUCAUUCGAAAAAAAGACAAACACAGAUAAGGAACAAAAAAGAUGAUUACUGUAGUAAGGAGGACGAUAUGUAUUCGAAACGGAGAGAAAAGAACGAAGCAGACAAUCAUUACGUAAACACUUGUUGUAAUCAUUAUUCAAAUAUUAACUCUAACAAUGAACUAAAUUUUUAUAAAAAUAAUUUUACAAUUUGUUUGGAUCUUAUUCAAAAUAGUGACCUUCUAAAUUUUUCAUACACAAGUGAGUCGGAACAGUUAGGCAAUGACAAAGAUUUCAUAAUUACUGACUCUGAUACGGUGGAUGAACAAGGAGAAGACAAUAUAUUGAACUACAACUCCAAUCUAGAAUUGAAAAAGAUCAAUUGGAUAGGAAAUAAUAGCGGCAGUUAUAGCAGAAGGAAGAGCGAUAGAGGAAAUGAGUCAACUAUAAAGGACGAUACAUUAAUUGCUGAGAGCGAGUGGACGUCCACGCUUAGACAAAUGGCGAAAGAAUCUUGUGUAAUGUUUCAAAAUAUUGUUAACAUGAAAGAAAAAGAGAUAAAGGAAAAAAAAAAAAAAAUAGCAAGUCUGGAAAAGGAACUAAUAAAAUUAAAAGAAGAAAAUGUAAAUGAAAAAAAUAAAUAUAUAUGUUUAGAAGAAAAAAAAGAAAUUUUAAAAUCUAAACUGAACACUUUAAGUAAUAAUGUGAAUAAUUUAAAUGAACAUAUAUUUUUAUUAAAUAGAGACAAAAUAUAUUUAGAAAGUAAAAACUUAACGAAAAUGCAACAACUUAAUAUGGUCAUAAGAAAAUAUAAAAAUACCCUAAAGUCAAUUAAGAAUUAUGUGGGAAAAUAUUCCUCUGUUUUAUAUUUAUUAGACAGUUUAUCUCAAGAUGAUGAAAAUGUAAUUUUGGGUUUAGCAAAUGUCGAUGAAAAGGAGGAGCACGAGCAGUUAAAUUUUUCCCUUGAUCUGGCAGACAACAUUCACAUAACGAAAAAUGAAAAAAAUAGCGAAAAAAUGGACGUAAAAUUGGAAGAUAAAAUGGACGAAAAAAUGGAAGUAAAAAUAGACGAAAAAAUAGAAGAAAAAAUGGAAGUAAAAAUAGACGAAAAAAUGGACAUAAAAAUGGACGAAAAAAUAGAAGAAAAAAGGAACAAACAGUGGAACAAACAAUGGAACGAACGAUGGAACGAACAAUGGAACGAACAAUGGAACGAACAAUGGAACAAACAAUGGAACAAACAAUGGAACGAAAAAGAAUAUAUCGGUAAUGAGGAUGGGCCAAUAAAAGAAAGUACAAACGGUUCUCAAGUGUUGGCUAACUUUUCAAAGAUUAGAAUUUCAACAGUAAACAAUAAAAAUAAACACAUCCCCGAAUGCUCACUUAGCGACCUCAUUAACGAAAUAGAGUAUGAUCAUUAA